AUAAUGCACCGCGGCAGUACAGGAAGUGCUUACCCACGACCUUGGAGAGUGAAGUUACGUGCGCAGAAGAGUCAGCAUGGCGAGUAAAGAGCCAGGAAAUUUUCUGCAGCAGCUGAGGCAGAUCGCGGGCCGGAUGUCCUCGGGUCCAAGAGGAUCCGGACUGGGGGUUAAACUAAUCAUCGGGGCUGGAGCUCUGGCUUAUGGAGUGAAAGAAGCGAUGUACACAGUGGAAGGUGGGCAGAGGGCCAUCAUCUUUAACAGAAUCGGAGGAAUGGAGAAGGACACAGUGCUUGCUGAGGGGCUUCACUUCAGGAUACCAUGGUUCCAGUACCCAAUCAUCUACGACAUCCGAGCCAGACCCAGGAAGAUCUCAUCUCUCACAGGAAGCAAAGAUCUUCAGAUGGUGAAUAUUGCUCUGAGGGUGCUGUCUCGCCCGGUGGCCUCCAACCUGCCCUUCCUCUACCAGCACCUGGGGGUGGAUUACGAUGAGCGCGUGCUGCCCUCCAUCGUUAACGAGGUGCUGAAGAGUGUAGUGGCCAAAUUCAACGCCUCGCAGCUUAUCACACAGAGAGCACAGGUGUCUAUGUUGAUCAGGAGGGAGCUGAUUGAGAGAGCUAAAGAUUUUAACAUUAUUCUGGAUGACGUGGCGAUCACAGAGCUGAGCUUCAGCAGGGAGUACACCGCUGCUGUGGAGGCCAAACAAGUCGCCCAGCAGGAAGCCCAGAGGGCUCAGUUCUAUGUGGAGAAAGCCAAGCAGGACCAGAGGCAGAAGAUUAUCCAGGCUGAGGGAGAGGCAGAAGCUGCUAAAAUGCUGGGUGAAGCUGUAACUAAGAAUCCUGGAUAUCUCAAACUCCGACGCAUCAGAGCCGCCCAGAACAUCGCCAAGACGGUGGCGAGUUCCCAGAAUAAGGUGUAUCUAAAUGCUGAUAGUCUGGUGAUGAACCUGCAGGACAGCUCCUUCAACAACUUGUCCUUGGGGAAGUGAGGGACGUGUCAGCGGGUUGAGUGCAUUCCAUGUUUUGGCAGCCUGUAUUUCUGUAUUUAACCUCUUCUCUGAGUAUGAGUGGACCUUCCAUCACAGCGCUGUGAUCCCGGGCACAGUCCAGAAGAACCGGGUUGAGUGGACUUGAGAACACACUAACACACACUUAACAGUGUUUAUUGCACACAGUUUAUAAAGGGCAUGUGUUGCCUAUUAUCUUAUGUAGUCAUUGGACAUUAUUAUUCAGUAAAAUCCUCUGAAACCCAUAAAUAAUAUCCAUAAAAGUUAAAUUAUUACAUUACGAAUGGUAUAAAGAUGACAGAGGAUUAGUAGUUACCUCUAGAGUAAUCAGAAUAUGCUAACCAAGGCCACUCAACUCGUAGCUAGUGUUCACAGUGCCUGGUUUAUCUGUGUUUGUUAGUUCUGUUCCCAUCAGGAAUGUAUAUGUGAGUGUAUACUGACGAGAUUAAAGCACUGUGAGGAGGUUUCAUUAAAUAUUUUGAAUUUUUGAGACUA